GUCUUGUAAAUAAUUGCAUGCAUUAUUUUGCCUCACAAUCCCGUUUACGUGUCAUGAUACCCUGGUAGCAUCCCUUGUGAACCUCCUUGCUUUGUCGCGCUUUUCUCACCCCACCAUGGCCUCGACCGACGCCCUCCAAGGCUUUCGAGUCCUCCUACGAGCCGCCCACCGUUCGCAGAGGACUUACGAGCGUCGGAGGACACUAUGUUCGAGUUGUGUGAGAAUUUCGCGCCUGGAGACACGUCGUUGGGCUCCUACCGUGCCUGGGAGUGGCUUGCAGAGGAGGACGCUGCCCAGAGUAUUUGCCCCCACUGCGUGGAGGGGACUCGCAACGUCACCGCAGAGAAACACCAAGUCAUGGGGGCCCGUGGCCGAGUACAAUGACCGCGUUGAGUCUGGACGGUUGAAGGAGGACGAGCACCAACGAGGAAUCGUUCAAAACCUCGAGGACCUCCACGAGAUGCUCUCCAAAUACAGCCCACCCAAAGUGGUCCAUCCGACCAUCGAGUCGCUUCAACCGAAGAAGUCGUUCUUCGGUUCCUUAUUCUCCUCAUCUCCGACACAAAUCAAGCUCCCGCCUAUAUCAGAUCUCCUACCAAAAGGCCUAUACAUGUACGGUGAUGUCGGGAGUGGAAAGACUAUGCUCAUGGACCUCUUCUAUGAUACCCUACCUCCGAACAUCAAAGCGAAAACGAGGAUACACUUUCUCAACUUCAUGCAGGGUGUCCACAGGGAGGUGCAUAAAGUUCACAUGAAGUACGGGAACGAGUUUGACGCGAUCCCAUUCGUAGCAGCGGAUAUUGCCAGCAAGAGCAGCGUAUUGUGUUUUGAUGAAUUUCAAUGUACGGACGUAGCUGAUGCUAUGAUACUGAGGCGUCUCAUCGAAUCCCUCAUGUCACACGGCGUCGUUCUCGUAACAACUUCCAACCGCCACCCAGACGACCUUUACAAAAACGGCAUCCAACGCGAGAGCUUCAUCCCCGCAAUCAACCUGCUCAAAUCCCGCCUUCGCGUCCUAAACCUUGACUCGGAAACCGACUACCGCCGCAUCCCCCGCCCACCCUCAGGCGUAUACCACCACCCUCUCGACGCGGCCGCGAAAACGCACGCGGAGCGCUGGUUCCGCUUUCUCGGCGAUCUUGAAAACGACCCUCCUCACCACGCCGUGCAUCAAGUAUGGGGCCGCGACAUCGAAGUCGCCAAAGCCAGCGGGAAAGCCGCCAUGUUCACCUUCGACCAGAUCAUUCGACGUGCCACAGGCGCCGCCGACUACCUCGAGCUGAUGCGGCACUACGAGGCCUUCAUCGUUACCGACGUCCCGGGGAUGGACACGCGGAGCCGAGAUCUAGCACGGCGUUUCAUCACCUUCAUCGACGCCGUCUACGAGUCCCGCGCCAAGCUCGUCCUCACCACCGCCGUGCCCCUGUCCGAGCUCUUCCUCAGCCACAACGAGCUCGAUGACGCGAUGAAGGGCGGGCAGUCUGAUGGCUCCAUCCCGAAAAGUGAUGAGAACGAGGACGUGAGUGAUGUCAUGCGACACUUGAUGGAUGAUCUGGGGAUGAACAUGAGUAUGCUCAAGAACUCGUCGCUGUUCUCCGGAGAUGAAGAACGCUUUGCAUUUGCAAGAGCCCUGAGUCGGCUAAGUGAGAUGGGGGGACGGGAGUGGGUGGAGAGAGGAAUGGGGUUGGAGAACAAAGGGGGCCUGAAGGAGAAGGAGGGGUGGGAUCGCGUGAGGAGUCGCUGGCGGGAGGAUACGCUGUAGAUCUGCCAUUGGAUGUUCAUAGGGGAAAAAGAGGGCGACGGAACGGGUUACGCUGCAUGUGAUAGCGUUUAAGCGGCGUGUGUGGCAUUUGAGGGCGUUCGCGGAAUAAAGCGCGUCAUGUGGUGGCAUUUUGGCAUAUGAUUGCGUGGGGAUUGGGCAGCAUAUUCGUAGCGGUGAGUCGGGCAAUAUGAAUCGGCUCUUCUUCAGGGGCUUCGAGCCGUUGGUGCUGUCAUCACAUGUCGGACUCCUGACACACGCUGCGCCGGGUUGGCUAG